AUGGCAAAGCUUAUUCUCCUCACAGGUCUGGCCCUUCUGCUGAAUGCUCAGCUAGGUAAUUCUGCUUACCAGCUGACAUGCUACUUCACUAACUGGGCCCAGUACCAGCCAGGCCUGGGCUUCAAACCUGAUGACAUUGACCCCUGCCUCUGUACUCACCUGAUCUAUGCCUUUGCUGGGAUGCGGAACAACGAGAUCACCACCACUGAAUGGGAUGAUGUGACUUUCUAUCAAGCUUUCAACGGCCUGAAAAACAAGAACAGCCAGCUGAAAACUCUCCUGGCCAUCGGAGGCUGGAACUUUGGAACUGCCCCAUAAGUCCUCUGUGGGAGAGCCUACUUCACUGCCAUGGUUUCCACUCCUGAGAACCUCCAGAACUUCAUUGCCUCAGUCAUCAAAUUCCUGCGCCAGUAUGAGUUUGAUGGGCUGGACUUUGAUUGGGAGUACCCUGGCUCUUGUGGGAGCCCCCCUCAGGACAAGCAUCUCUUCACCGUCCCGGUGCAGGAAAUGCGUGACGCUUUUGAGCAGGAGGCCAAGCAGAUCAACAGGCCCAGGCUGAUGGUCACUGCUGCAGUAGCUGCUGGCAUCUCCAACAUCCAGUGUGGCUAUGAGAUCCUCCAGCUGUCCCAGUACCUAGACUACAUCCAUGUCAUGACCUAUGACCUCCCUGGCUCCUGGGAGGGCUACACUGCAGAGAACAGCCCCCUGUACAAAUACCCUACUGACAAGGGCAGCAACGCCUACCUCAAUGUGGAUUACGUCAUGAACUACUGGAAGGAAAAUGGGGCCCCAGCUGAGAAGCUUAUCGUUGGAUUCCCUACCUACGGCCACACCGUCAUCCUGAGUGACCCCUCCAACACUGGCAUUGGUGCCCCCACCUCUGGUGCUGGUCCUCCUGGGCCCUCUACCAGGCAGUCUGGGUUCUGGGCCUACUAUGAGAUCUGUACCUUCCUGAAAAAUGGAGCCACUCAGGCAUGGGACACCCCUCGGGAUGUUCCUUAUGCCUAUCAGGGCAACCAGUGGGUUGGCUAUGAUAAUGUCAAGAGCUUCGAUAUCAAGGCUCAGUGGCUUAAGGAGAACAAUUUUGGAGGUGCCAUGGUCUGGGCCAUAGACCUUGAUGACUUCACAGGCACUUUCUGCAACCAGGGCAAGUUCCCCCUGAUCAAUACCCUGAAGAAAGCCCUUGGACUGCAGAGUGCAACUUGCCCAGCUGAAACACAGCCAGUUGAGCCCAUAACCUCUCCUCCCAGCGGCGGAAGUGGGACCGGAAGUGGAAGCGGGAGCGGCUCCUCCGGAAGCAGCUCUGGAGGCAGUUCUGUGGGUAGUGGGUUCUGUGCCGGCAAAGCCAAAGGCUUCUACCCCGUGGUGAAUAACAGAAAUGCCUUCUGGCACAGAAGGUACGUGAAUGGAGUCACAUACCAGCAGAAUUGCCAGGUGGGGCUUGUCUUUGACCCCAGCUGUGAGUGCUGCAACUGGACAUAA